AUGAGCGGUCUCGGACCCGCCGCUUGUUGGCUUGCCCACAAACGAAUCGAAUCGUGGUCCCGUAUGGCCAAAGAACGUGUCGGUGCGGUGCGUCGUGUAACGCUCGACCGCAAUUCAGAAGAUAAUAACGGUCCGACGACAUCUACGUCCUCCACAACACCGCCUCCACCUAUGACGCCACCACCGUCUGCUUCGUCGGUGGCAUCGACCACAAGUGGCAUUGGUAGUGGAGCAGGCAGCGUCAGCGAUAGUUGUGAUUUGCCAACAGACUCAGAGGAAGUGAAUGUUGUCAAAGAGACGCAACCCAUACAACCACCAUCCACUUUGGGCGGUUCAGCACACAUAGUAAAUGCAGAUGUUUUGCGCGGUCCAGCAGAAAUUCUUCACAGCCCAUUACACUUGCACCACCAGAGUCGUUCUUUCCCACCGCGCCUACAGCGCACACCAUCUGUAUCCAGUCAGUCGAGCGUGGAUAGCGCACCAUCAAGGCAUUCAGCACACCGCGGCUCAUCGCCUCAGAUUCGUACAUUCGGACCCGAUGGACGAAGCUCGCUUCCUACUGAUCCUGGCUUUCCUCACCACUUGGCUCGCUCACCAAGUCCAAUGCGUACGAUUUCACUGGACGCCCGUUGCGGUAGCCCUGCUUCGACAGAUGUCAGUGACUUGCGUACGCCCAGUCCCUCACAGAGCAGCCUCGCCUCUAUAGCCGGUGGCUCGGCUACUUCCAACAUCAGCAUGAAUUCAGCAAAGGUCGGUCGCUGCCUUUCCCCACUACUAAUACCGCCACGUACACCAGCGGGUAUUGAUCCUGCCAUUGGACCAGCUUCGCCACUUGGCGCUUUGCAGCCCGACUUAUAUCGUGUACCAGAUGGGCCCAUCUAUUUGACGGCGCCUGAGUCUAGUCCAGCUCUGGGACGCCUACAUUUGCGUGUUAAAUACGACUACCAUCUUUUUGAUUUAACAGUACACCUGAUCGAAGCUCACAAUCUUUGUCCGAUUGAGGAAGGAGGUUUUCGCGAUCCGUACGUGCGCCUUAUGCUUGAGCCUGAGGUGGAUAAUAGGAAGCGACAGACCCACAUACACCGUGGCGAAUCAAAUCCAUAUUUUGAUCAACAUUUCAAGUUUCCCGUUUCGCGCGAUCAACUGCAGGGCAAGGAGCUCAAAUUACAGGUUUUGGAUUACGACCGCUAUUCCCACAAUGACAUAAUUGGCGAAGUGCGUAUAUCUGUCGAUAAGUUGGACCUGUCAAAAUCGGUGGAGAUCUGGGGUGACUUGUUGCGUGUCAGAAAACCACAAGAAAAUCGUCCGGAACUUUUAUGUUCACUGAACUAUUUGCCACAAGCCGAGCGCCUAACAAUUGUCAUUAUGAAAGCAAAGAACUUGGACACUAUCCAAGAACCCUAUGUUAAGAUUUAUUUGAUUCAAAAUGGCAAACGUGUGAAGAAAAAGAAGACCAGCAUUAGCAAGUCUGAAGAUCCUGUUAAUCCCAUUUGGAAUGAAGCAUUCACAUUUAAUUUACAAUCAGUAUAUUUGCACAGUGCGGCGAUAGAGAUUUAUGUAGUUGGCUCUGGUGGGGAAGCUACGGAAAUUGGUAGCUGUGGCCUUGGACCACAGGAGAUCGGUACUGGCUGCCAACAUUGGCAUGAUAUGAUAAAUAAUGCGCGCAAACCGACAGCAAUGUGGCACUACGUGCGCUAA